AUGCGGAUCUUACAAGAGCGAUUUGUCGCCGUGACAACAUCGGACCACGUUUCACUCGAAGAUCAACUCGCAGUGGGUAGCAAUUCAGGACGCAGGACCGGUAGACUUUAUUGUAGGGUUGGCAUUGGUUUCCAUCUACAGAUUCACACCGAUGGCAGAGUCAAUGGCAGCCACGAACCCAAUCAGUUGAGUGUGCUGGAGCUCUUUGCAAUCUCUCAGGGGGUUGUAGGAAUUCGGGGAGCUUUCAGCAAGCGCUUUUUAGCCAUGAAUAAACGGGGAAGGCUCCAUGCCAUUGAGGAAUUCACAGACGACUGCGCGUUCCGAGAGCGCUUCCAGGACAGCAGCUACAACACCUACGCGUCCGUGAAGCACGGCAGCCCCCGCACCGGGCGGGAGUGGUUCGUGGCCCUCAACAAGAGGGGCAAGGCCAAAAUGGGCUCCAGCCCCCGCGUGAAGUCCCAGCAUGCCUCCACACAUUUCCUGCCCAGGUUCCCCCUGCAGGACAGGACCCAGUGGGGCUUCACUGUCCUGGACAGGGGCAGGGAGGCAGAGGCAGCUGGGCCACCAAAAGUCCCUUCACUCAACAUCAAGGUGGAGACGGGCCAGACUCUCUCUGAACCGGUGAAGUACUGGCCCAAGUUUAGAUUUGGAUAA